AUGUCCAGCAAUCGGUGUGAACUGUGCGGGGCUCCAUUUCAAGGCGGAGAUGAGCACUAUCUCCCAUGCAAGCACGUUUGCCACAAGACUUGUGCUGAAGAGAUGCACCAUUUCCUCGGUGAUGACAACCCCUGUGGCUGUCGUCGGGCCUCAAGCACAGAAUUGGAGCUUCGAGAAUCAGGCAUUGCCUCAAUACGUGGCCAACCUUCUCGGUCAGUGAAGUUGCUCUUGGAGCUCGUCAAAUCGAAACAGCCUUCGGAGGUACCCGCACGAGCUUAUGUUGCACUGGCCACUGCUUACACCUCGGGCCAGGGUGUGCAGAAGGAUCCGGACAUAGCAAAGAAAUUCUGCAGCUUAGCUCGAGAGAGGUUGGAGCAGGACAAAGAAGAUGACUCCAAUCGUGCAAAAGAAGGGAAUGCAGCACGCCAACAAUCCAGUCAAUUUGGCAGGAGAGGGUACUUACAAGAGCGAGAUCGAGGCAGUUGCCGCAGUCGGUCGCGGUCUCUUGCAAGGAGGAGAGAAGGUCGACGAGAAAGGCAUGCUUCUUGCAGUCUUCCACGUAAGAGCGGGUCGACGAGAACGGUCAGCCAGGCAGACGUACAAAGGCGCCUCCGCGACUUUCGAAAGAUCCCUGAUAUCCGAGAUGUUCGGGCUUCGGCGGCUUCUAGACGAUCUCGAUCACGGACGCCUCGAGAAAGGGUGAGACAAGGGACGCGGCCAAAAGCAAGGGCCAAAGCAAGAUCGAAUGAACGACGAGAUCGCAGUGACAGCCGAUCACCGCGUCCUCGCCCAAAGAAUGCAGAAGAAGGAACAAGUCAAAGGCGCCGUGAGCGGGUGGCCUCUUCCUCAUCAACCCCGAGGAGGACCAAAGCACGAGCGGAUGGACGACGAAUUGACAGCCGAUCACCGCCUCCUCGGCCAAAGCAUGCAGGAGAAGGACGCCGUCAAGCACGAUCCGCUUCCCUGUCUCCUGCAAAGACUGAGGCAAGACCCAAAACGAGAGCGCGGCCAUUGUCUGCAGCGCCAAAAGCUGCAUCAGGACGAUCCGCUUCCCUGUCUCCUGCAAAGACUGAGGCAAGACCCAAAACGAGAGCGCGGCCAUUGUCUGCAGCGCCAAAAGCUGCAUCAGGAUCUAAAGGCGGGGACUUGCCAGCGAAGAGGAUCUUGAGGAGACUCACGCAGAAAGGUGCAGCUAGUAUUGGGGAGCAUCGCCAAGGCUUUGAUCCGGAAGAGCUGAAGAGUGAGCAGUGUCCGAUUGACAUGGAAAGACCGACAGUGAAUCGGACUGAAAGGAAGAGGAAAAGAAGGCGAAUCGAAGCUCCAAAACCGAAACGGAAAGCUGAAGGAUUCGAAAGAUGUGAGCACGAGACUUCACUGGAAGAGAUGCCGAGGCGAGCCUCAUACUGGAGGCCACCGGCAUUGACGCAGCACCACGACAAGAGCAAUUCGCAGCCAGCCCCGGAGAUGACGCCAACAGAGCCAGCCUGCGAGUCCCAGAUAAGCAGUGAGCUGUCGGCUCCAACACCUCCACAUCCUACCCCCACACCAGCUACGACUACUUUGAGUGAACCACCUGAGGAGGCUCAGCUCUUCCGACCCCCAAAGAGCAAGUCAAGCAAAGCCAGAAAGCUGCCGCCGCCGCCUCCGCGCAAAGAGGUUGUGGAAUCCGCGCUCAAGCAAUCACCGCGGCCAAGUGGAGCGCAGGCAUCGCAAGAGCUGCCGGUCACCUUGCAGGCACCAGAGGAGAGUGCGCUACCUCCAAAGCCUGCCGCUCAACCGAAGAGUGAAGUUGUGCCGCCAACUUCAACGAAAGAACCUCGAAUAGAGGCUGCUUCAGAGGUGGACCCAGCGGCGAGCUGUCAACGCCCAUCUCCAGCUAAGCCUUUGACAGGGGCGACGACCUUGGAAGAACCUGUGGUGAAAUCCGCGCUCAAGCAAUCACCGCGGCCAAGUGGAGCGCAGGCAUCGCAAGAGCUGCCGGUCACCUUGCAGGCACCAGAGGAGAGUGCGCCACCUCCAAAGCCUGCCGCUCAACCGAAGAGUGAAGUUGUGCCGCCAACUUCAACGAAAGAACCUCGAACAGAGGCUGCUUCAGAGGUGGACCCAGCGGCGAGCUGUCAACGCCCAUCUCCAGCUAAGCCUUUGACAGGGGCGACGACCUUGGAAGAACCUGAAGCGGAACCUGCAGAUGGCAAGCAACCGAAGCCCACGUGCUCAAUAGGAAGAGUGGGACCAGCGCCGAAAGUUCCGAAGCCUAGCGCCAAGGAGGCGGCUAAAGGCGUCAAUCUGGCGCAAUCAGUGCCAGGGCCGAUGUCUUCGAGAAAAAGACUUCCGCUGCGAAAGCCAACACUGAAGGUGGAGGAAACUAUGGCCAAGUCCCCACAGCAGCCAAGCGGAAUGCAGGAAUCGAGCAAACCACGACCGAGCCUGAAGGCACCAGAGGAGAGUGCACCACCUCCAAAGCCUGCCGCUCAACCGAAGAGUGAAGUUGUGCCGCCAACUUCAACGAAAGAACCUCGAAUAGAGGCUGCUUCAGAGGUGGACUCAGCGGCGAGCUGUCAACGCCCAUCUCCAGCUAAGCCUUUGACAGGGGCGACGACCUUGGAAGAACCUGCAGCUUCAACUCCGGGUUCAUCAGAAACGAUGGUAGAGCCAGACGCCGUGGAAGCUUCAAUGGAGAGGAACUUUCGUGAAUGGCUUCUGAGCUUGGACAACAGAAGAGGCAACUUGCUCCAGUACUUUGAUGCGUUGAAGAGAGAGUUCGAAUGUGACUUUCGGCUUCUGAAGAGUGCCAUCAUCACAGACGAAAUCGAGGGGAGUUUGCUACACGCAAUUGAGCCGAGUCUAUGGUCGAUUUGCGGAGUGAAAUCGAUUGGACAUAAAAUGCUUUUGGCGAAGGGCAUUCACAAGCUGAAAUAG